UCCGCCCAAACCUAGAGGCCUCUCGGCCCUCUUGUUCUUCCCCGCCGGCUACAAAUCGCCCAAAAUUUCCCCUGAAUUUUCCACAACCACAACACCAACUUAAACCAGAGGAGAAAUUUUCUCGCGAGAGUUCGUGUGUAGUAGAAGAGUGGAGGAGAUGAAGCCGGCGGUUGAAGGCGACGAGCGUGCGGCGGAGAUCGCCCGCAUCAAGGCCGCCGCGGCCGCCGCCAAAAAGUCGGCGGAAGAGGUGGUGGAUGUGGAUGAUGAGGGUGAGGACGACGAGGGAGAUGAAGAGGAGGAGGCGGUUGAUGGCGACGACGACGACGACGAAGUCGACGACGAUGGGGAAGAUGACGAUGACGAGGGGGUGGAGGGUGAGGAGAAGGGGUCGGCGCCGCAGCAGGUGGUCGACAUCUCCGACGAGGACGACGGCGGCGGCGACGAAGAGGAGGGUGGUGACGAUGACGACGACGACGACGACGACGAUGAUGACGAGGAGGACGACGACGAAGUCGACGAGGAGGAGGAGCCUGAGGAGGAGCUAGGAACUGAAUAUCUGGUGCAGCCGCUUGGCCGUGCUGAAGACGAAGAGCAUUCCAGUGACUUUGAGCCAGAAGAAAAUGGUGAUGGUGCUGAGGACGAGGAGAUUGAGGAUGAUGAUGCUGAGGAUGGUGAGGAUUCUGUCAAGGCGCAAUCCUCUUCGAAGAGGAAGAGGUCUGGCGCGGAGGAUGAAGAUGAUGAUGACGGUGAUGAUGAUGGUGAUGAUGAUGAGAAGCCUCCAUCAAAGCGAUAGUCAAUUUGUUCUUGCUGAUCUGGUAUCUUUUCUGCUUGGGCCAAGAAGGAAAAUAAUCCUCACGGAGAGGGUUGUUGGUAAAUGCUGUAGCUUUAGGACAUCUGUGGUAGGUGUAGCAGCUCGAACUUGAGUCUACCCAUGUUAGUUGUUAGUGCAUACUGCUGAUGUUGAUUAACAGCCUCGGGGAACUUCUGUAUGAGCAUUAGAUAUGGGGCUUGUUAUAUGCUUGUGUAGCUUCUGAUUAAAACCUGUGGAAUGUGGAUGCUCUGUUCUGAAUCUUGUUUUCAUGAUAUUUCUCUUGAACUAGCUUGCUGUUAUUUUA